AUGUCUCGAUCUGGGCGAUUAAAUUCGAUUUCGGCGCCAUUGUCGCCUGAUCUCAUUAAAUUCCUUCGGGAAUCCAUGGAAAAGGACCUUCUGUACGAUCCACCCUAUGUGUUCGUGAUAUUUGGUGCAUCUGGUGAUUUGGCGAAAAAGAAGAUCUACCCGACUCUUUGGUGGCUUUAUCGUGACUCUCUUCUGCCACUGAAUAUAACCAUUGUUGGCUAUGCUCGUUCGGACUUGUCCAUGGAAAAGCUGAGAAAAUCGUUUGAAAAAGCUUGUAAGGUCAGUUCAAAACCACCAUGUGGCCUGGUCCACGACAAUGAAAAGAAGAAAUUUGAAGAAUUCAUGAGCAAAUGUACUUAUAUAAAGGGCAAGUACGAUGAAGCAAAAGGAUUUGAGAAGUUGGCUAGUUUUAUAGAUGAAAUUCAGAAGAAGAGCAACGAUCAACCUGUCAAUCGUUUGUACUACCUUGCGCUCCCACCAACUGUCUUUGAAGAUGUUACGUCAGAAUUGAAAGCGCAUUGUAUGGAUGACGGAGAUUCUUGGACUAGAGUGAUCAUCGAGAAGCCAUUCGGGCACGAUUUGGAAUCAUCGACUAAGCUUUCAAAUCAUCUGUCAAAAUUAUUCAAAGAGGAGCAGAUUUAUCGGAUAGAUCACUACUUGGGAAAGGAAAUGGUCCAGAAUUUGAUGGUUCUUAGGUUUGGCAAUCGUUUCCUCGGUCCGUCAUGGAAUCGCGAUAAUAUCGCAUCUGUAACGAUCUCAUUCAAAGAAAACUUCGGUACCGGCGGUCGUGCAGGAUAUUUUGAUACGGCUGGUAUUAUAAGAGAUGUGAUGCAAAAUCAUCUGAUGCAAAUUUUGACCCUUGUGGCCAUGGAAAAACCGGCCAGUUUGGAUGCGGAGGAUAUUCGAGACGAAAAGGUGAAAGUAUUAAAAGCGAUCAAACCAGUGCAGUUGAAGGAUGUGGUUCUGGGGCAGUACGUGGCAAAUUCUGAGUGCUCCAUUCCUGAAGCUGGUGCCGGUUACAAAGACGAUGACGAUGUUCCCGAUGAUUCGAUUACGCCUACCUUCGCUUUAGCUGUUCUUCAUGUACAUAAUGAGCGAUGGGAGGGGGUGCCGUUCUUUUUGCGAUGUGGAAAAGCACUAAACGAGAGUAAAGCCGAAGUUCGUGUUCAAUUCAAAGAAGUCAAUGGUGAUAUAUAUCCACCCGGUGAAUUAAAGAGAAGUGAACUAGUGAUGCGUUUGCAACCAAAUGAAGCUGUCUAUCUCAAACUGAUGACCAAGAAACCAGGAAUGGGCUUUGGCGUGGAAGAAUCCGAGCUUGAUCUCACUUAUAAUGCUCGAUACAAGGACAUUCGCUUACCUGAUGCAUAUGAACGACUAUUUUUGGAAGUGUUCAUGGGAUCUCAAAUAAAUUUCGUUCGUACAGAUGAGCUUGAAAACGCUUGGCGUAUACUGACACCGGUUCUAAAGGAGAUCGAAAAGGAUCGGGUAGAACCGCUCGAAUACAAAUUUGGAAGCCGUGGACCAAUGGAAGCCGAUGAAUUAAUGAGGAAAUAUGGCUAUGUAUUCUCGGGGACGUAUAGAUGGACAGCUCCUAAUAAGUUAUAA